AUCAAUCUCCACCAAUCAUUUUCCUCGAAUGCCGUAGGCCCCACAUCCCAAUCAACCAAUCAUGCUCCUCCAAUGUGCUCUCUCUCUCCUCCCCUCCCCUCUCUCUCCUCAAUUCUAACAUUCACAGUUCUCACAAUCGCCGACUUUCAAUCAACAAAGUCUCCCUCCUGUCAGAAUUUCGUCACCGACCACCGCAUCUUCCGCCGCUUCAAUCAUGACUCGCGGUAACCAGAGGGAGAAAGAUCGAGAGAGAGCUCAGGCUCGGACCGGAGGGAAGGCUAAAGGCAAGGAAGAUGGAUUGACCCCUGAACAGCGCCGUGAAAGGGAUGGGAAGGCGCUUCAGGAGAAGGCCGCGAAGAAGGCGGAAAAGGCGGCUGGGAGUGGCGAUGCCGGAGGUAAAAGCACCAAGAAAUAACUGAAUGGGGAAUGUAUUUUCAUGGGAUUGCCUUUAAUUCGAUGUUGUGUUUGAUAAAGAUGCUAUUUUGGGGUUGGUGUUUUUGACCUUAUGUAUCGUGAGUUUCUUGUGUCCUUUGCAUCUAUUUUUGGUGUGAAGAUUUAGUGUUUGGAUUCUUGCAAUCUGUUCAUAGUUCGUAUCCGUUUUGGGGAAUAAUGUUAUUGUUCUGACACACUGGAUUUCUUGUUCUGAAAACUAUGUGGCCAACUCCAAAUAAAAUAAAAGUGUUCUCUA